AUGUCUCUUGAAAAUAAAUCACACAAAUUAUUCCCCAACUUUUCAACUAGCAUGCCCUCAGCUGAAACUUCUACGAACUUUUCACUUUCGGGAAAGUCGUUACCUAUAUUCACUUCAGGUUGCUCAUCAACUAGUAUGACAUCUUGGGGGGCAAACGAAAAUAGUAAUAAUACAAAGGAUAAUAAUGAAGGAUCGUAUGGAGAUAGAUUCAUUCCUAUUAGAACCGGUGAUAUGAUAUCCGAGUUUCAAAGACGAGCAGCAACGUCUACAGAAGAAAAAUCACAAAAGCGGAAGCGAGAAGAACCAGAAGGCAAGAAAAAAGACACUCAUAUUUUCGUUUAUAUCAUUCCAAAGGGCAAUAAAUUCCUUAAGUUCCAUUCGUCAUUGCCAAAACGCCGUGGUAUCUUAGAUACGCCUUUUAGAAACGUAUAUUCUACAACUCCAUUUUCGCGUCAAGUAGAGGAUUUAAUGACAAAACCUCGUAAACCUACCAGAACAAUUAAUCCACUGCCAUAUCAAAUGCUCGCGUUUUGCAAUGAACUGAUGCUCAAGGAUGAUUUUUAUUUGAACGUGGUAGAUUGGUCUACUUCAAAUAUUUUAAGCUUGGGGCUCGAAAGUUGCGUUUAUUUGUGGAAUACUGGAACAUCCAAGGGUUCUCAACUCGCAAUUGGCACAGCGGAAGGCAAACUUCAAAUCUGGGAUACUCAGAAACUAAUGAAAAUCCGCGAUUGCACUUCGCAUAGUUCACGAAUUGGAACUCUUUCUUGGAAUGGAAACCUACUAACCACCGGUAGCGCCGACCGUUGCAUAUUCCAUAGAGAUCCAAGAAGUCCUUACGAUAAUAUCCGUGUUUUAACAGAUCAUAAAUCCGAGAUAUGUGGAUUGAAAUGGAACAAUGAAGGAAAUCAACUAGCAAGUGGUGGUAAUGCCAAUGAAUUAUUUAUCUGGGAAGGCUUGAAUUUGUCUCCAAUCAGAAAGCUUGAUGGUCAUAAAGCUGCUGUUCGAGCUCUUUCAUGGAGUCCUCAUUCAAGAAAUUUAUUAGUAAGCGGAGGUGGUCAUUUAGAUCGGCAAAUACGUUUCUGGAAUACUUUGGAUUCAAGAUGCUUAGCAAGUUAUAAUUCUUCUAUCAAGGUAUGUAACUUGCAAUGGUCACCCACGGCAAAUGAAAUUGUUUCAACCCACGGAUGGUGGAAAAAUGAUGUAAUAGUUUGGCAAUAUCCUUCGAUGGAAAAGAUUGCGACCUUAAAAGGGCAUAAUUAUCGUGUGCUUUAUUUCUCUUUAUCUCCUAAUGGUGAAGAUAUUGUGACUGGUGCUGGUGGCGAUGAUAAUACUUUACGAUUCUGGAAAGUUUUUAACGCUCCACUCAGUAACAAAAAGAAAAUUACCAAAUCAGCGUUUAAGUUAGAUGGACUAAUUCGGUGA